CUCGAGUCUGCCGUCGGCCUCGCCGCGCUCGCGGCCGACGUGUCGAGCGGGGCGGUCGGAGCCGUCGGUGCGACCGCCGGCGCAGUGGGGAAGGGCGUCGUCGACGCUUCUUCGCGGCUCGCCAGCGCCGACACGGAGCCGACGCACGGCCUUGCCGCCGGCGAGAGCGACACGGCGGCGGCGGAGCUCGGCUCGCCGCUCCGGAACGUGCGCGGCCUUGCGGGGGGCGCGGUGAGCGUCGCGAGCGCCGUGAGCGCGAUGGUUGCGUCCGAUUUCGGCGCUGCGGCGACCGAGGCGACGGCGCCGUCGGCCACUGCCGCUGCUUUGACGCUCACGCGUCGGGGAAGUGUUGCGUGUGCGUGUCUCAGGUUGAAGGGUAUUGUCUAGGUGGUCGGCGACGGGCUGGCGCGAGGAAUGACGCGCGGGCUCAAGGAGGGGCUAAAGGAGGGGGGCGGCCAGCUGGUGGAGCGGGGCGGCGCCGUCACCGGUACAAUCAGCUCGCUCGCAAAGGAGUCGGCGAGCGGAGUCGGCGAGCGGCUUCCUCCAGCUCGCCACCGACGUUCGCGAGACGGCCGGCGCGCUGUCGCCGAGGCGGGCGCCGUCGCCGACGUCGGAACUUCCACGCUUGCGCUCGCUCGGCCGCUCGCGGCGGGCGGUGGCGGUGGCGAGGAGGGGGGGGAGGAGGGCGCGGCGGCGGAGGAGGAGUCCGGCCCGCCGCCGCCGCCCGAGCUGGCGCCGUUCGAGGCGCUGCGGCCGGCGGCUUGGCUCGACAGGCUGGGCGGCUCUGCCUCGCUCGGCGCGCUAGAGGGGCUAAGGGACGGAGCCUUGCUGCGGGUGCAGCUCCAGCUCGCACGCCUGCCCGCCGCCUCGACGCCGCGCAUCGAGGCCGCGCUCGACGCCAUCGCCGUGGCGCUCGAAUCGGAGGCGUCGCCGGCCGCCGCCAACGCGCCGCCGCCGCCGCCGAGUCGGGGCGGCGCGCCGCCGCCGACACGGCUGAAGGACGCUCUCGCAGCAGCGCUCGCGCCGCCGGUCGCAGAGCUAGAGGAUGCGGUCGGUCGGGGAGGUGCGGCCGAGGGCGGCUUGGAGGGGGAGGAGCAGAGCUGGACGGAGGAGGAGGGUGUGGCACGGGUGCACGCCUACUCCGCGCGAUGCUUCGGGCAGCUCGCCACGUGCGCGCUCGUGGUGCUUCGGAGGCUCGGGUUCGGGCUCGCGUGCCAACGCGCGCCCACGCAGACGCCGCUCGGUCUCGGGGAGGACGCGCCGGCGGAGGCGAUGCUGCGCGGCGCCGACUGGCCGUUUCUGUCGCGGGCGGAGCAGGCGGAUUGGCUCGCCACCUCCGUCUGCGCGGCCGCCGCCCACUUCGCUGACGCCGUCAACCGAGUCUCUGCGGCGUCGCUCGGGGCGGAGGCGGCGCGCAGCUGCUCCGCGGCAUCCGACGCGGCCGCGUUCAAGCGGGCGCGCCGCGCUCUCUGCACGGCGGUGCACUUGGACGCGGGGGCGGCGCUGACGCUGGUUCACGAGGCGAUCGGGAUGCUGACGCCAGUGCUGCAAGAGGUCGCGCUCGGCGAUGCGGCGGCAGCGCCCAAUGGUGGCACGCAGAGUGCCGACGAGGGCUUGUGCUAAAGAGUGCUCUGUCAGUCCGUUCCAGUCACUUGUUUAUAAAUUGAUUCCAUGGGGGUGGAGACUGAUAGGAGACUUGAAGU